UUCCAAAAUCCUUGACAGAUUUAUGUAAUUUACAGGAAUUAUGGUUGUCUCAGAACAAUCUCACUGGACUGAAGGAAAAAGAUUAUCUGGCCUGCCCUAAUAACACAUUAGAGGUUUUAGAUUUAUCUUAUAAUCAAUUGAAAGGGUCAUUUCCCAAUCUUUCUGGAUUUUCACAGUUGAGAGAAUUAUUUCUUGAUUUCAAUCAACUAAAGGGAACUUUACAUGAAAGUAUUGGACAACUAGCUCAACUUCAACUGUUGUCCAUUCCUUCAAAUUCAUUGCGAGGCACUGUCUCCGCAAACCACCUUUUUGGUCUCUCCAACCUGUCUUACUUAGACUUAUCUUUCAACUCCCUUACAUUCAACAUAAGCCUUGAGCAAGUUCCCCAGUUUCGAGCCUCAAGUAUACUAUUGGCCUCUUGCAAAUUAGGCCCACGUUUUCCUAAUUGGCUUCAAACUCAAGAAGUUUUGAGCGAACUUGAUAUCUCUGCUUCUGGAAUUUCAGAUGUCAUUCCCAAUUGGUUUUGGAAUUUAACUUCAGAUUUAAAUUGGUUAAACAUUUCCAACAAUCACAUCUCGGGCACUUUGCCCAAUUUACAAGCAAGGUCUUAUUUGGGAAUGGAUAUGAGUUCAAAUUGCUUGGAAGGUUCAAUACCACAAUCUGUUUUCAAUGCUAGAUGGUUGGAUCUCUCCAAGAACUUGUUUUCAGGCUCAAUUUCUUUAUCGUGUGGGACUCCUAAUCAGCCUAGUUGGGGUUUGUCUCAUCUUGACCUCUCAAAUAAUCGACUAUCAGGAGAACUACCCAAUUGUUGGGAGCAGUGGAAAGAUUUAAUUGUUCUUGAUUUGGCAAAUAAUAAUUUUUCUGGGAAAAUUAAAAAUUCGAUUGGCUUGUUACAUCAGAUGCAAACAUUGCAUUUAUGUAACAAUAGUUUUACUGGAGCACUGCCUUCGUCCUUAAAGAACUGCAGAGCUUUGCGUCUUAUAGAUUUGGGAAAAAAUAAAUUGUCAGGAAAAAUAACCGCAUGGAUGGGAGGAAGCCUGUCAGAUUUGAUCGUUCUCAACCUAAGAUCUAAUGAAUUUAAUGGAAGCAUACCUUCAAGUCUUUGUCAACUGAAACAGAUUCAAAUGUUGGACCUCUCUAGCAACAAUCUAUCAGGAAAGAUACCAAAAUGUCUCAAAAAUUUAACUGCCAUGGCUCAAAAAGGAAGUCCGGUCCUUUCUUACGAAACAAUUUACAAUUUGAGUAUCCCAUAUCACUAUGUUGAUAGUACAUUGGUUCAAUGGAAAGGAAAAGAACAAGAGUACAAGAAAACUCUUAGAUUCAUUAAGAGCAUUGAUUUUUCAAGAAACCAAUUAAUUGGUGAAAUUCCAAUAGAAGUAACUGAUUUGGUAGAAUUGGUGUCUUUGAAUUUAUCAAGAAACAAUUUGAUUGGAUCAAUCCCUACAACAAUUGGUCAAUUGAAAUUAUUGGAUGUUCUUGAUCUAUCUCAAAACCAACUUAAUGGUAGAAUUCCGGAUACUCUUUCUCAAAUAGCCGAUCUAAGUGUUUUAGACCUAUCAAAUAACACCUUGUCAGGUAAAAUUCCAUUAGGCACUCAAUUACAAAGCUUUGAUGCCUCCACAUAUGAGGGAAAUCCUGGACUUUGUGGACCACCUCUUUUGAUAAGGUGUCCUGAAGAUGAACUUGGGGGAGUCUCCUUCACUAGUGGUCUUAGUAGUAAAAAAGAGGACAUUCAAGAUGAUGCAAAUAAUAUAUGGUUUUAUGGAAAUAUUGUUCUUGGAUUCAUCAUCGGAUUUUGGGGAGUUUGCGGCACUUUACUAUUCAAUAGUUCAUGGAGAUAUGCCUAUUUCCAAUUGUUGAGCAAGAUAAAGGAUUGGUUGUACAUGACAACAAUAGUAAAUAUGAAUAGAAUACGAAGGAGCCUGCAAGGUUAAAUGGACUUCAGCUGGGUUGCAUCUCAAGGAUUAGUAGGUGAUAUAUGCUUUUGAGUAACGGGAGUAUUUAUGAUGGGAUAGUUACAUGCCUUAAUGCAAAAGCUUGUCAUCGGAUAAAUGACAUCAACAUGUAUUAAGUUUGCUUAUUUGGUAGUUAGCUUGGCUUUAAGUUUCUCGUGUUAUAUUCUAUUUAGAACUUUUUAAACAUUAAUUUUUGCUAUUAUAUGUACGACUUUGUAUUUUGUUGCUCUAAAAUUUAUUUGUUAUUUUUGUAGAAUCAAAUAUUAGAGGCCUUUGUAGGGGGUGCUAAAAAAAUACUUCAUCUUAGAAAAAUAUUUUUUUUUUUGCUCAAAAACAAAGUUUAUUUUUUGGGAAAUGCAAUGUGAUAAUACCCAUUAGUAUGAAAUGUGGGAUAUGCUACUACUGAAAACAGAGCACUCUGUUUUUUUGGUGCUCAAGCAUGAAAGCUCCUGUAACACAGAGAGGUCUGAUUUCCAACCGUGAAUCAAAUUGCUUAAGGUACUCCAUAUGCAGAUUGCUGGAAGUCACUUUGGGCAUCAAUCAUCUUCAAGGGACGAUGAUGAUGGGAAUUGGAUCAACGGCGGUAAAGACCAACUAUGGAAAGUUUGCUAAAAAGCUCCCAUUUCUUUAUUUUGGUUUCUGCUUUUGUAAAUAACAAUGUUAUCCAAAAUUUGUGUUGGUUGCUCAAGUUUUGUAAAAGCUAUUCAACCAAUACAAAUCGCUACAUAAUAUGCAUUUUGCCGAAGAUCUGUGAUGAUUUGGAGCUCUCUCCAAUGCCAUACCAGUAAUCAACUUAUGGAAGAAGUUGGAGCUGUUGGAGAAGAAAGUGCUCUUCAUGUUUGCUCAAACAAUUCAGAGGGAAGUUUAGCUUUUGCUUUGGUAGUUGUGAAGUUGCAAACUGUUAUUAGAAUAAGAAGCCUCUACUUUUGCUUGUUACUGAAUAUGAAUUUUUUUUUUAAGAAGUAAAUUUGCUAAUUAUUGUUCUUUUUCUUAGGCACCCAAGAAAAGAGUAUGUACUUUUAGCAAAGACCAAGAGGAAACUAUUAGAGCUUCAUUUGAGCAGUUUAAAGACCAUAAAAGGUGCACCUACAUGAUUGUAAGUGCUCUAGAUGGUGAUGGUACGUUCACAGCUGCCCAAGUUUCCCAUAAGCUCAAGCAACAAUUUGCUUGUGUUCCUCAUCAAAAAAAGAGUUGAAGACAACUUGCAUUUGAGAGAUGAAGAUCUUAAUGGUUGUGAUAUAGCCAAAGCACAGGAUUCCAAUGAUGAAACAUUGUUUUCACUAAGAAAAAGAAGACUCGAAAAGUCAAAGGAAAAAUCCUGGGAACCAAGCUGGAAAACACAGGACUGUUAUUUCAGGGAAGGUGUACGUUUGGGGGCAUAUUACAGCUUGGGUACUGAACAAGAGGCAUGUAAGAAGUCUGGCCAUGGAUGCAGAAGAAGAAAAGCAAAGUAAAACCCACAUCCAUGGACAGUUGGUAGAGAUAAACCACAAUCAGGAGAAACGAAUACGCCACGAAGAAACAAAGGCACAGAAUCUGACAACUGGGUUUGCGGUCGUCCAAGUUUUAAUUCUCAACACACUGGUGAUCAACAAGCCAUCCGGCAGAUGCGAACACUGGUGGGUGCCAUUCUCUCUCUCCUUAUCAGUCGGUGUGAUUUAUUUCGUCACCAUUUUUGAGGUAGUGAAGAAAUGCUACCUUCUGCUCUACCAUUUGGACGUCAACUACAUGGAGCAAGAAGCCAUUCUUCUGGAAAUGCAUGGGGGUGCUUCGUCCCGGCGACAUGAUCAGCCAUUGAAGCCAGAUGUGGUGAAGCUCCUGAGGCGUAAAGCUUAUAUCACGAUACUGAUUUCUGCCAUGCUCGCCUUUCAAGCUCUGAUGCUCCACGCCUGCAGCUCCUUUCUUUGCAACUGAGAUUAACCAUUAGCUAUGUUCACAUGUGAUUAAUGCUCUUGCCGUUUUAAAUACAUAAGAAUAAUGUUGUUUCAAAAAUCGUUUGCUUAUAUUUAAAUACUAUUUUCUCUUUUCCAA